AUGAAGCUUUCAACUAAUCUUAUAUCGAUUGAAGAAAAAUCAGUUGCUGCCGGUGAAGCCAAACGAACUGUUACCAAUCAGGUUAUUCGUAAAGGAUUUCUUCGUGUUCAUACUGGUGUUAAAUUAUUUCAAGCAAAAGAUUAUUUCUUUGUUUUAUCAACCGAUAAUCUUUCUUGGUUUACAGAUUUAGAUGAAAAAGAAAAAAAAUAUAUGUUACCAUUAGAAAGUCUUAAAAUCCGUGAUGUUGAAGGUGGUUUUAUGGCUAAACGACCACAAUUUGCAAUAUUUAAUACUGAAGGAAAAAAUGUUUAUAAAGAACAUAAAACUCUUGAAUUAUCAGUUGAUAAUAGUGAAGAACUUGAUACAUGGAAAGCAUCAUUUUUACGUGCUGGUGUUUAUCCAGAACGUGAACAACCACCAGAAGAUCCACAAAUAGCAGCUGAAGUUGGUCCUGUUGAUCCACAUAUGGAACGACAAGUUGAAACAAUCAAUAAAUUAGUAACAUCAUAUAUGCAAAUAGUUGCUCGAAUGACACGUGAUUACAUUCCAAAAACAAUUAUGUAUCAUAUUAUUCGAAAUUUACAAAAAUUUGUAGCUAAAGAAUUAUUAGCACAUCUUUAUGCUUUUCCUGAUCCAAAAUCAUUAUUACAAGAAUCUGAAGAAGAACGACAACGACGAGAAUCAAAACUCGCAGAAUUUGAAGCGAUCAAGAAUGCUUUAAAUAUAAUUGAAAAUUUUCAAAUCAAUGCACGAAAAGUAGCUGGUUCAGUCAUGCCUGUAUCGGUAUUAGCUGCUGGUUUUUCAAGUUUCUCCAGUACUACUAGUAACUUUGGAUCAUUAUCAUCGGGUUAUAUGAAUAAUUCACCUGAUGCUUCUAUUUUUCAACCUCCAUAUGGAUUCAAUCGUCCGCCAAGUCCAAAUCCUCAGCAGAAACAGCAGGCACCUACAAAUCUAUCUAUGAGUGCAUUUCCAUCACGUGAACCACCACCGCCACCACGUCGUCCAAGUCUUGUGCCCGGUGCAUUUGGUGGAAAUCCAUCAAAUUUACCAGCACCAAUUAUGCCACAGUCUGCUUCAAGUCAUAAACCUCAAACAAAUACAUUAUCGAAUAAUACUAAUAAUAUAUUCUCGGAAUUAAAUGAAAAAUUGGCAAAAAAAGUAGCGCAAGCUCAGGGUACAGCGGCAUCAUCAUCAUCAUCAUCACAAUCAUCAUCUGAUAUGUUUCACGGAUUAGAUCCGCUUGCUACAUCUACAUCAUCAUCUCUGUAUCAGAAUAGUACUUCAAACCCUCCAGUACCAGCUCGUCCAACACCAUCCAUUCCAUAA